AUGGAUGAUCAAGAGCAACCGCAUGCAGAAGUUGUAUUCAUGGGAGAAGCCCAAGUGGGGAAGACAGCUUUAGUCCAACGAAUAAUCAAAGGGUCAAGUUAUUUUUUAUGGAACGAUAAAUAUGAACCUACAAUUGAAGACUCGUUCGUCAGAGAAUUUAUAGUUGGGGGAAAGUUAUGCAGAUUGAGACUUAUUGACACUGCAGGAAGUUACGCGUUCCCAGCAAUGAAUAGACUGUGGCAACGAAGAGCUUCUGCAUUUGUAUUAGUGUGUGCAAGAGAUAACCCAUCAAGUUUAGACAGGAUAAAGACGAUUUUGCAAGAAAUUCAGGAUGAAAGACAAGAAAAUUACAGAAAAUUAAUAACAGUGAUAGUUGUCAAUAAGAGUGACAUUAGAGAAAGUGAAUGGCUGGUAAAAGAUGAGGAUGUUGAACAACUAGCAGAAAACUUACAGAUACCUUUUAGUUCAGUCGUCACUGCAUCAGCUCGUGACAAUUACGGUAUGAUUGAAAUUUUAAAAGUACUAUGGGAACAAAAUCAGGAAGCUGGAGAGAACAGAAUUUUAUUUGAUUUGCUGCCUUUUAAAUCUGGUAAGGCUGAUGAAAGAAGAAGAGCAAGUGCAUUUGCAGUACUUUUUGGGAAUUCGUCAUCUAAGGGCGCGACAGUUCUUCACAUAGGACACAAUCAACGUCCUAGGCAUUCUGAUGCACAAGAAAGCAAUAACAUGGCACUGGACACAAAUACUAAGUUUCAAAAUGUAAAUUCAUUCGGAAUAGCAUUUAUGAGAAAACUAGGGCGACUAAGUCUUGGUGGACAUCGCAGUAAUAAACGAGACAAAACAAGCCGUGAACCUUCUGUUAUUAAACCAGACUGUAAUGUAUCUUAA